AUGCCCAACCACAAGAAUUCAGCGAAUUCGCAGAAAAACAACAACCCAUUCUCAGAUGACGAGAAUGACUUGAUAGAUCUUGAUAUGACGAACCCAUAUGCGGAUUAUAAUCCACAACAUGAGUACCCACAAGUGCAAAGCUCAAGUCAUGGUGCUUCCACAUUCAAUCCGUUCAACGACCAAUUUGUGAUAUCGGAUGACGAAGAGGAGGAAGAAGAAGCGGCUGUGCCCAAUGGUAAGCCCGCAAAGCCCACCGUUAGACGUACCUCAUAUCUUAGUUCACACAAUGAUUUACUGUCAACUACCGAUUUCAUGGGAACAAACAAUACUGAAUAUGUAAACUUGAACAAGGAGCAACCCAGAGAUUUUGAUAUAAGGCACAUUUUCCAGAAACUCAGGAGUAAAAUCACAGGACGAAAGCUGGCGACUGGGGACACGAAAUCAAAAGAACCUAGAGAAAUAUUUAUAAUGGAUCAUGCAGCAAAUUCUGGCUAUGGCUAUUAUGGAAACCAUAUUUCAACCACCAAGUACAAUUUUGCCACUUUUUUGCCCAAAUUCCUAUUCGAACAGUUUAGUAAGUAUGCAAACUUGUUUUUCUUGUUUACAUCAAUCAUUCAGCAAGUGCCACAUGUUUCGCCAACAAACCGAUAUACAACUAUUGGAACAUUGAUUGUAGUUUUGUUUGUAUCAGCAGUGAAGGAAAUUCUGGAGGACUUGAAACGAGCCAAUGCCGACAAGGAACUAAAUAACACUCGAGUCUUGGUUCUCGAUCCAGUUUCAGGUGACUUUGUGUUGAAAAAGUGGGUCAAAGUUCAAGUGGGUGAUGUUGUCAGGGUAACUAAUGAAGAGCCAUUUCCCGCAGAUUUGAUCUUGCUCAGCUCUUCUGAACCAGAAGGUCUUUGCUACAUCGAGACAGCCAAUCUUGAUGGAGAAACAAAUUUGAAAAUCAAACAAUCAAGAACCGAAACGGCGCACUUGAAGAAUCCAAGCGACCUUAUACGAGGAUUUUCGAAUGCCAAGAUAAUGUCUGAACAACCAAAUUCGUCAUUAUACACUUACGAAGGUAUUCUCAAGGGAUUCGAAAAUGGUAGGGAUAUACCAUUGUCUCCUGAGCAACUAUUGCUUAGAGGAGCUACAUUGCGAAACACGCAAUGGGCCAACGGUGUAGUAAUCUUCACAGGGCAUGAAACAAAGCUAAUGAGAAAUGCCACUGCAACACCUAUCAAGCGCACUGAUGUGGAGAGAAUUAUAAAUCUUCAGAUCAUUGCUUUGUUUUGUGUAUUGAUUGUUCUUUCAUUGGUCUCGUCCAUAGGGAACGUUAUCAAAACAAAGGCUAACAGCGGGGACUUAAAAUACUUGCAUUUGGAAGGAACAUCAAUGGCAAAAUUGUUUUUCCAAGAUUUGUUAACUUAUUGGAUUUUGUUUUCCAAUUUAGUGCCAAUUUCUUUGUUUGUAACUGUUGAGUUGAUCAAGUACUACCAAGCAUUUAUGAUUGGAAGUGACCUAGACAUGUAUUACGAGGAAACCGACACACCAACUGGGGUAAGAACAUCCUCUCUUGUUGAAGAGUUGGGUCAAAUUAACUUCAUAUUCAGCGACAAGACGGGUACCUUGACACGAAACGUAAUGGAAUUCAAAGCUUGCUCAAUAGGUGGGAGAUGCUACAUAGAGGAAAUUCCCGAAGAUGGGCACGCGCAGGUUAUCGAUGGCAUUGAAAUUGGCUACCAUACAUUCGAUGAGUUGCGAUCAGACUUUAACAGUUCAUCCCAGCAAUCAGCAAUAAUUAAUGAAUUUCUCACUUUGCUAAGUACGUGUCACACUGUAAUCCCAGAAGUUAAUGGACCAGAUAUCAAAUAUCAAGCAGCUUCUCCAGAUGAGGGUGCUUUGGUGCAAGGUGCUGCUGAUUUGGGAUUCAAGUUCAUUGUACGUCGACCAAAGACUGUGACUGUUGAAAACACAUUGACGCAGAUGAAAUCUGAAUAUGAAUUGCUAAACAUUUGUGAAUUCAACUCUACGAGAAAGAGAAUGUCGGCUAUAUUUCGCUGUCCAGAUGGAGUCAUCAGGUUAUUUUGUAAAGGUGCUGAUACGGUUAUUUUAGAAAGACUUUCACAAAGUGAACCACAACCAUUCAUCGACUCGACGAUGAGACAUUUGGAGGACUUUGCAGCAGAAGGGUUGAGGACUCUUUGCAUAGCGUCACGCAUAGUAUCAGAGGAAGAAUAUCAAGAUUGGAGUAAGAAAUAUUACGACGCAUCCACUUCGUUGCAGGAUCGUGGUGAUAAGAUGGAUGCAGUUGCAGAACUCAUUGAGACUAAUUUGUUUCUAUUAGGUGCAACCGCUAUUGAGGAUAAACUUCAAGAUGGAGUUCCAGAAACUAUACAGACGUUGCAAGAUGCCGGAAUCAAAAUCUGGAUCCUCACCGGUGAUAGACAAGAGACUGCUAUAAACAUUGGAAUGUCGUGUAAAUUGCUAAGCGAGGACAUGAAUUUGUUGAUUGUUAAUGAGGAAAACAAAACAGAUACAAGACUAAAUCUCCAAGAGAAGCUCACAGCAAUUCAAGAGCACCAAUUUGACGGUGAAGAUGGAUCCUUGGAGUCUUCUUUGGCGUUGAUUAUCGAUGGCCAUUCUUUGGGGUUCGCAUUAGAACCUGACUUGGAGGACUUAUUUAUAGAGUUGGGAUCACGAUGCAGAGCGGUUAUUUGUUGCCGUGUUUCCCCUUUACAAAAAGCUCUUGUUGUUAAGAUGGUUAAAAGGAAGAAAAAACAAUCCUUGCUUCUUGCCAUCGGUGAUGGUGCGAAUGACGUUUCCAUGAUCCAAGCUGCUCAUGUUGGUGUAGGAAUCAGUGGAAUGGAGGGAAUGCAAGCAGCUAGAAGUGCUGAUGUCUCCAUUGGGCAAUUUAAAUACUUGAAGAAAUUGCUAUUGGUUCACGGGUCUUGGUCCUACCAGCGUAUUUCGAAUGCCAUCCUAUACUCCUUUUACAAGAACAUUGCCUUGUACAUGACGCAAUUUUGGUUUGUUUUUGUCAAUGCAUUUUCAGGUCAAUCGAUUGCCGAGUCUUGGACGCUAACGUUCUACAAUGUGCUUUUCACUGUGCUUCCCCCGAUUGUCAUGGGGGUAUUUGAUCAAUUCGUGAGUGCAAGACAAUUGGUGAGGUACCCCCAAUUGUACCAAUUGGGACAACAGCGCAAGUUUUUCAAUGUCGCUGUUUUCUGGAGUUGGAUUGUUAACGGGUUCUACCAUUCGGCAGUAAUCUUUCUUUGUUCAUUUUUCAUCUACAGGUAUGGUAAUGUCAUGUCAAAUGGGUUGACCACGGAUAAUUGGGCUUGGGGAGUUGCCGUGUACACGACGUGUACCUUGACUGCUUUAGGUAAAGCCGCGUUGGUAGUUACAUUGUGGACGAAAUUUACUUUAAUUGCAAUCCCAGGGUCUUUUCUUUUGUGGCUUGCCUGGUUCCCCGCUUAUGCAACCAUCGCGCCUUUGAUUAAUGUUUCCGAUGAAUAUAGAGGAGUGUUGGCGGCUACGUAUCCUUUGCUUACCUUCUGGGGGAUGAUCUUUGGAGUUUCUGUGUUGUGUUUGCUAAGAGAUUUUGCAUGGAAGUUUUACAAAAGACAAACCAGUCCUGAGACGUACCAUUAUGUGCAAGAGAUUCAAAAGUACAAUAUACAAGAUCAUAGACCUCGCAUGGAGCAAUUUCAAAAAGCGAUUAGAAAAGUGCGUCAAGUGCAGAGAAUCAAGAAGCAAAGAGGGUUUGCAUUCUCACUGGCCGAAGGUAAUGACCAGGAGAAGUUGAUGCGGUUGUACGAUACUUCGAAGCAAAAGUAG